AGGAGAGAGGUCUUCUCUUGGGAUCCAGCCCCUUCGCUGUAUCAAACACAUGUUGGCUCUUCCUCUCACACCUCUAACUCUGUUAUCUCCUUGGUUACCAGGUCAGGGACAGUGUGCUUAGAUGUCAUCAAUCAGACAUGGACGGCCCUCUAUGAUUUGACCAACAUCUUUGAGUCGUUCCUGCCUCAGCUGCUGGCCUACCCCAACCCCAUCGACCCUCUGAACGGAGACGCAGCUGCCAUGUACCUCCACCGGCCUGAGGACUACAAGCAGAAAAUCAAAGAGUACAUCCAGAAAUAUGCAACAGAGGAGGCUCUGAAGGAGCAGGAGGAGGGGGCCGGCGACUCUUCAUCUGAAAGCUCCAUGUCUGACUUCUCAGAGGACGAGGCCCAGGACAUGGAGUUGUAGUGAUGGGAGGCCCCCCCCCACCUUUAACCCCCACAGAGACUAUAUUUGAUUUCCUAACCAUGAGAAAGCAGACUUAUAAUAUUCACAUUUAAACAAGUUAAUUUUUUUAUUAUUAUUAUUAUUACUACUAAACAAGGAUUUUUAUGGAUAUUUAGCCUUUGGUGUGUUUGACAGACACCCCUCCCGUUCUGUAGCUGUUCUCCCUUCAUCGCUUUCAUACUCUCUCCCCAUCAUCUCUGCAUUUUUAAGGUGUGUCAUGUAAGCAUAGGCAGGAAAUCUCCCCGCGAGCGUCUUAUUUCUUUACUCAAAUUUCCCUUUUUUUUAAAUAUAAAAGUCUAUUUGUUGAGGAGCUGGAUCCUAAUUUUCUUUCCUAAAUGAUUCUGACAAACAUUAUGUUAGUUGCUCCGCUGCAGAGCUGCUAAGGUCUAGCUUGCCUCGGUGCACAGCUCUGCAAUAUUAUCCUAAGGUCCAGAUGGUUGUAGAGGCACACAAACACACACAAGGUGUCAUAGCACAUCUUAUUUAAAAAUAUAAAAAAGUUUGGUGCCAAUAGAUGCUCAUAACUCCCACAUGAAUGCUUUCUGAGCAUAUCUUUUUAUACAAAUAGAAUUUUUUUAGCUGAAAUAGACCUUUGUUUCUCGUUUAGUUAAAAUAAUACAUUGGCAUGUUACUUGAAGUCUUUGUUACUCUCUGACCUACUGCAGCAGUGCAGAAUUAUUGCUAAAUGAGGUCAGGUCAACGUAUUAAUAAAACACAUGACUCGUUACAAGGGGAGUGACAACUCAACGUUACUGUAUCACCACGGUAACAAUGUAAUAACUGGUCUUGAACUGGUUUAAAACAGAGCCACCCUUUAAACCUCUGAGUUUAAAUGUUUUCGUUACACCAGCAGACGUCUCAUCGUGAUGCCACCUGCUUUCAAUCACCUUUUUUAAAACACAUUUCUGUUCAUAUCAUCGGUCAGAAACAACUCUUCAGGUAGAGAAAGAAUGUAAUCAUCACCUAUUCUGGUGAAUUUAUAAAACCAGCACCUAAGUCAGUUUAAUUUUAGAUGAAAAGCAACAAAACUAUAUUGGGGUUUGAGUUUGUGAAGUAUGGGUCCUCCUCACAUUCCACUGUUUCCUCCAUGACCUUCAUUCAGGUCUGACCUCUAUGUUUGCCAUCCAGGAUUCAAAUUUUGAUUAUUAGUUUGAAGAUUCCAAAAAUAAGAGCCCAAUGUGUGACAUUUAGGCUUGUAGCCAUUUUCGUAGAGGGGAUCUAAUUUCAUCUGUACAGACUGGACUUCUUAUCUGAAAAAAACCAACUUUGGUUUUAUUCUGUUCUGAUUCAAUGUGGCUGGAUUAGAUGUAAAUCCAUCUAGUGUUGAAAGAAAUUGCUGUUUUUCGUCUUCUAUUCCCUGUAUUAUUAUUUUUUGUGUACGGCCUCUACCUUGUACAGCGAUAAUCCACCUCUCUGUAGCCUCAUGAAAACUCAGUGUUAAACAGGAAACACUGAGCGAGUGUUUGUGGAGGCUGACUGACAGUCAGACUACCUAGAAACCUUGAAAUGUAUUCACUUCACAGAUGGCAGUAAGAAUCACUGGCUGCGUUGUUGCGGAUCCUACGUGGGAGAUUGGAGGCUGAAUCUAACUUAAAAGGUCACCGAAUCGCUUGUAAAAUCAACUCCUUUUCCUGUGCCUCAUCACAAAAGGACAGACGGUUUCCAAAAAGUAACUGAAAAGCACACUCGCAUUACUUUCAUUGUCCUCUUUCUGCGACGUGAUCCUGGGAAGGUGUGAUCAGUUGGAAAUACCCUGUGUGGAGGCACAUUUGAGCUAAUGUGGGAUCUAUGGCUCCGGUUUGAAAUAGAGUUUGGUUCUAUCUUGUAUAUGGAUUAGCAUUUUCACCAGGGACAUACUGGAGAGAUGGAAGUCAUAAUAAUAUUUGCUGAAGUGUGCUUUAGACCGGAUAGCUAGUUUCACUACUUCAAACAACAUCUGCUAUAUGGCUGUAUUACAGAUAGUUAAUUAGUCUGCCAUACAUUCAUCUGAUCUUAGUUAGUGUCAGUUGUUAAAUGCAAAACUCCAUAGACAUGCCUGCUUGUCCUUGUCUUUUGCAUUCAGAGUUGUACAGAGUGAUUUCAAACCAGGAUGAUGUUGGACCUGUAGUGAGCCUGAUGGAUCUGAAUGUACAGAAAUCAAAAGUGGAUCAGAGAACUUUACAAAACAUAGGCAUUCUUAAAAAAAAACGGAGUUUCUCCCAUCAGCCCGGGGGGGGGGAGGGAAUGUUAGCUGGGGGUUAGCGUCCAGCAGGAUGCAGACGUUUUAACUGUCGCUCCCUUGUGUGAUGCUCAGCAGGCAGUGAGGAGAUAUGUGAAUGUUUUCAUGUGUUGCGCACUAAGCAGAUACCCCACUCUCCCUUCUCUGCCUACAGGUGUGUAUUUAUUCAUUAACUCCUUUUUUGUUUUUAAUCUUGCCCAUCAGAGCCGCUGUUAUCAGUUAGGUUUCACCCUGAUGAGAACUUGAUGUUUAGUUUUUACUUUUAAGCCAUUCAUAUUGGACUUCUUGUUUUACUUUACAUUUGUGCAGUAUUGUACUUGAGUGCUGAAAAUACAGUAUAUCUGAGUUGAGAAUUGUAAUAAAAUAGCACAUAAUGAUGCAAUGGUGCAACAGGGGACUAAUGAUAUUAGUGUCUUUUUUUUAAAGCAAGACUUUUGUGUUAUGCAUACAUUUGAUUUUCAGCAUUAUUUGCAUCUGCUGGGAAAUACAUUGAUGAUACACUCAGCUCUGGUAAACAGGACGACCUUCAGAUAGUUCUCUUUCCUGCUCUGUUAUUCAAGGUCGACAGAAUGACUGCCUUUGUGUUUCAGGUUGUCUUCAGCUAUAAAGAAAAUGUCCUUAAACAAGUGAAUGAUGAUGCUCCUCAUUGCAACUUGAAUUCUAAAUUGACAAAAAACAUGUUUACCGCGCUUUUUAUUGUUCCUUUUGGCUCCCCCCCCCCCCCCUUCUCGUCCUUACAAUAACAAAUGUCUUAAGUUUGACUCCAGAUAACCAUGUGAUUGACACAACCUCAAAAUUGUAAAUGCAAACCUGCUGAGAAGCUCCAUAGUCCCACACCCGUAUUCACAGCACACACAGCAUGGAACAUUACGGUUUUUUAUAAAACUAUGUAUUUGUUACCUAGUGUGUGAUACUUGAGGGUUAAAAGUCAAAAGGUUUUUUCUGUCUUUGUUCUGAAAAGUCCAUCCCUGGUACUAUUUUUAUCACCCCCUUUGCCCCCCUCUUGUUUUUCUUUGCAUUGUGAAGUGGGCAUGCUUGUCAAAAAGACAAAUGCUCUCUAUUAAUAGGCUUAUAACCUCAUAAAUAGCUGUGUAUAAAAUAAACUGUUAUAACUUCUUUUUUAAUAAAACAUUCAAUGUGUAUAAAAGG